AUGGACACAAUUCUAGCAGCUAUACUGUUCCUAAUAAUACUCGCCGGUGUAGUGCGAUUUUUCUCAAAAAGAGCUACCUUCAACGGGUAUGAAAAGCUCGUGGCUCCAUUGCUCUCCCGGCUUUCUUCCUCCUCGAGUGGAGGUGGUUGCGAUCAAGAUUCGAAGGAAUGGGUUUGGCUGGGAAAAACGAGAACUGAUACUAAUAGCAUCGGUUCGCGCUAUUCUCAGAAGUCCACCGUCCACGUUGCCGAGCAGUCAUCGCCGUCGUACGACGAGAACACUCAGACGAGCAUCUCUUAUCGCGGAUCCGAGAUCAGCGUGUUCAUCUCACCCACUCCCGUAGUGACGGUAAGUUUAUGUCGCUAAGU